AUGCCGUUCAGCGUCUUUGUUCCGAAAGGUAUCGUCAUCACCGACGCGAUCGAAGGCGCAUCGGAUGCCGUCGAGGUCGAUGGCUUAGGUAUACCCACCGUUGCGUUGCGUACCAAACACGCCGUCGACGGUGCCGCUGGUAAGAAGAAGAAAAAGAAGAAAAAGGGACAGGCGUUCGUCGGCGAUAUCCCUACGCGCCCUAUCCCUUGGUGGGAGGCCUGGGCCGAAGGAGAGAGCCAACGCGGCCUCGCUUCGCGCCUCGAUCCCACUCUUGGCCUGAUCGACAAGCUUGCCAACGUCGCCUUUGAUUUUGAGAAAGGCAGAGCCUGGCCCCCCAACACGAGUGGGUUGCAGAACCUGUGGGAUCAGUAUCGUGGAUACAUUGGGGUUCUCAGUAACCCCACGCCAUCCAAAUCCACCAACGGUGGCGAUGACGAAGAUGCGGAUAUGGACGAUGACGACUCGGAUUUCGGCGCAGGAUUUGGGAUGGGAGAUGAAGCGUCUGCUCCUGCUCCUGCUCCUGCUCCUGCUCCUGCUCCUGCUCCAAUAGCGACGCCUAGCAUUCCAGCUAACGGCAAGGAAGAAAAGGCUAGGGCGCUUCCAGCGCACAGAGAUGACAAUCGCAUGUUAGCCUUCAUCAAAGACCCGGAGACGUCCAUCAAAGUGUUCCUCUCGUCCUUCUUCAGAGACAAGGGCUUGAUCUGGAGCGUACCGCGGUGCCGCGAUGCUCCGAAAUUGCUUCAUUUCUUUCUGAACUUCAUCAUCCGGACGAAGGUGUUCCCCGGUAUGGGAGAGCAGUUUGAGAAAGCUGCCGCUGUGGCGCUGAAGGCCGAGACGGAGUUGCCCAUGACAAAGACCAUAUCCGAGCUCCUGCCCGGCGACUUCUCGAGGGCAUGCACUACGACGUGGGGCUCUGUGACGGAGUACUACGAGCUCGACUUGGGCUUGGAACCGGACAUACCGACGGCGAUAAACAAAGGCGAAGAUGACAACGCUGGCGGCGACGCUGAUUGGACCGCAGCCGCGCCCGAUGGUGAAUGGGGCCUGUCCGAUGGCCAGGGAGGCUGGGCCAACGACGCCUCGCAAGACGCCGAAGAGGACGGUGGGUGGGGGAACAUUAAGCAACCGACGCUGGACGAACUUCCGGGUGCGACGGCGCUGCCCCGUACGCACGAACGGGGCAUCAUCGAGAAGAGCACGCGAAAGAUCGUCCAGGUGAUCAAGCCCAACGCGAAGAUCCCCAAGAAGAAACAGGGCGAAAUAGAGACGGCUGAGCAGGCGGAAGCCGAGCUCGAUCGCUGCUUCGCAAAGGUCGUCAUGGCCCCCUGGGGCUGGUGGGACGACCGUCAGAAGAGCGACAUACGCUACCCCGCCAUCCUGCCUCAGUCCAAAGGGGCGGUCAUCAUCGACGGCGAGGUGAAGGGAGAGAGCGCCGCUCAUGCCAAACCUUUCCAUCCGUGCGAGGACAGCGUCACCGUGCUCAUGCCCGAGGCGGGCACGGAGAAUAUGCUUCCCGGCAUGGGAGUUGGUGCUCUCUAUCAGCAAAUUGUGAGGAAGGACGGCACGCCGAGCGGCUAUUGGUAUAUGGAGCAGGUGUAUCAAGCGCUCCCGAGCUUUUACUGGCUGAACAGCGUUGAUGAUGAGUGA